AUGUCAGAGAAAAGAUACAAUAUAGCGAUAAUAGGCUACGGCCUCGCCGCCAAAAUCUUCCACAUCCCUCAUAUCCUCCGUGUGCCCUCUCUCAACUUCUACGGCAUCGUCCAGCGCCACCCUACCCCUGAUAAUGACGCCCAAAAAGACUUCCCCGGCAUCCAGUCCUGGCGCUCCAGCGACGAGAUGCUGGCCGACUCCUCCGUCGACGUCGUAAUCGUCACAACCUUACCCGAGAGCCACUUCGCCCUGACCAAAGCCGCGCUCGAGGCAGGCAAACACGUUGUCGUGGAGAAGCCCUUCGUGCCCACCUCCGAAGAAGCAACCGAGCUCUGCCGCCUCGCCGCUUCCAAGGAUCUCAUCCUCACCGUCUACCAAAACCGGCGCUACGACGCCGACUUCCUGACCCUGCGGCGCCUUCUAGCCGACAACACCCUCGGCCGCAUCGUCGAAUUCGAAACCCACUUUGACAGACACCAGCCCGCGCGUCCGCAAACAUGGCGGCAGACCUCCGCGCCAGGCGUAAGCCAGAUCUACGACCUCGGGACGCACCUGCUAGACCAAGCGCUCGUGUGUUUCGGUCUCCCGAAGCGGAUCACCGCGUUUAUAGGGCAUCAGCGCGCGGUGCCGGAGGCGGAGCGGGACGGGUACGCAGCUGAUAGCUUUACGGUGCUGUUGCAUUAUGAGCGGGAGGAGGGGACGAUGCUGGUGACGGCGAAGGCGGCGGUGGUGAGCCCGGAGCAGGAGCAGCUGAGGUGUUGGGUCAGGGGUGAGAAGGGCAGUUAUAAGAAGUGCUGGCUGGAUGUGCAGGAGGAGCAGUUGCACGAAGGGCUGAGACCGGGGGAUGAGGGGUUUGGUGUUGAGCCGGAGAGUCGGUGGGGCACUUUGACCACGGCCAGAGAGGGUAAGUGUGUCAGCGAAACACACCCCACUGUUGAGCCGGCCACAUAUGUGGAGUACUACCGUGUAUUAGCGAAGGCAUUAGCUGGGAAGGGGCCAGUGCCCGUAGACCCAGAACAGAAUGCGCAGCUCAUCAGGCUGGUGGAAUUGGCGAUAGAGAGCUCGAAGAGGUGGCGGACGAUGGAUGUGUAA